CCAUUGAUACUAUUGAGUGCUGGACUGCUGGUCAGUACCGAGAGUCAAAAGCCAUCAAGAUGUCAUUUUUAUUCGACUGGAUCUACAGGGGGUUUAGUAGUGUUUUGCAGUUCUUAGGUCUGUACAAAAAGUCUGGGAAGCUGGUUUUCCUGGGUCUGGACAACGCUGGUAAAACAACGCUCCUACACAUGUUGAAAGAUGACCGACUUGGCCAACACGUGCCGACCCUGCAUCCAACAUCUGAGGAGCUGUCAAUUGGUGGGAUGACAUUUACUACAUUUGAUCUGGGAGGACACGUACAAGCUCGAAGAGUGUGGAAGAACUACCUCCCGGCUGUGAAUGGAGUCGUCUUUCUCGUCGACUGCGCGGAUCACGACAGACUCAUUGAAUCCAAGACUGAACUCGAUGCUCUCCUGGGAGACGAGACCAUAGUCAAUGUUCCAGUGUUGGUGUUGGGUAAUAAAAUUGACCGCCCUGAGGCCAUCAGUGAAGGAGGACUGAGAGGAGCUUUUGCUCUUGAUGGUCAAGUUACCGGAAAGGGAAAUGUCUCUCUGAAGGAGCUGAAUGCCCGGCCGCUGGAGAUUUUCAUGUGCAGCGUGUUGAAAAAACAAGGCUACGGGGAAGGUUUCAGAUGGUUAUCACAGUACAUGGACUGACACUGAAGCUUAACCAGAGGGGAUUUUCUUGACACAUUUUCCACAAAGCAUGACAAAGACUUUGUCUCCUUGCCAGUGUCAACCAGCCCAAAUUUUAAACCACAGUAUUCAGAGCAUAUUAAGAUCAUAUUCUUUUUAACACUGAAAGCAUUUAUUCAGGAUUUAAAGGUUUCUAUGCAAACUUUUAAAAGUGGUUCAUGGUGAACUGUCCUACCUGUGUUAUUAAUGUGAGAAUUAACUGAGUUGUCUAACUCCAUGGCAUGUUAAUUAGGUUACAUCCAAAGGUUACAUCAUACCUGAUUGCAGCAUAUGAGCAGACAUACAUUAUGCAAGAGCGUAGGUACAUACAUAUCAGUGUUGCAUUAUUUAGUAUGGAUAAAACCAGCUGCUCUAGUUGGAAUUUAUUAAGAAGUCAAGUGAUGUAAGUUGAGGACUCGAUGGUGAAUGUGUAGGGUAGUUUAACGCUUGUCUGACAUCUGAUUAAAACGGUCAAGUUUAGAUUUUAAAAUAUAUAACUAAAUACAGGAGAUUAAUUUCAGUUCAUUUAAUCUAAUGAUACGCAGCCACUGCCUUCAAAGCAUACAGCCAAAGAUGUAUGCUAAUGACUUUGGGAUUAGCAGGGGGAGAGAUUGGACUUCAACAAAAGAUAUCUUCCUUCCACGCUGAGCGCUGAGCCAAAAUAACAGAACAAAACAUCAGAUCCCCUUAGAAACCAAAAAGAGGAGAGAGAGCACAUCCCAUAAAUGAAGGCGCUGAGUAAACUGAGUCAAACUGUCAGUGUCUCGAUGGCACUGGCUCGUUUAUUUUUGCAUCUUUUCCUAUAUGCGUUGACCCAAAGUGAUGCUACUGUACAUGCUGCGUUGAAGGCAGCUAAAUGGAAGUGGUAGAAAUAAGUCUAUAACAUCUUUGAUUCUGGGGUGUCAUCUUCAGUGUCUUGGGUACAGGACUCAAAGAUAAAAUGUUCAUACUGAACAUAAUAUGACGUUCAGUGGCUGCUCUUGCUUGAUUAUACAGGGUUCCCACAGUCAUGAAAUUCCUGGAAAAGUUUUGAAAUUAGAAAAAACUGUUUUCCAAAUGGUUUACAAUUAACAUAAUGUUUUAGAAGAGUUUUGAAUUUACAUUGAUUUGGCCUUUGUUUAAGAUAUGUUCAUAAAAAUCCCAAAACAUGUCGUUAAGCGAAACACGUUCCUUGUAUUACCAAUUUAAAAUCUCGGGACUGUUGAAAUGUCACUAGUAUAAUGUGAUAUACAUAGACCAGGCAUCGUGUCAUUGCCAAGGCCAAGAAACGCAAUGUCGCAUCAGAAAAGAAACAGAAAAAUGCUGAAAAGCUGUUUUCAACACGUCCUUUCCUAACUUUUGUGGUGUUUGAUCUUGCGGGGAUGUAGUCAUUUUUCUGCCAUGGUUCGCAUCCUGUAGGCGAUAUUUUUGUGGGCGUGUUACACCAAAACCUGUUUCCCCCUGGCAAUAUUUUUGCAAGCGCACCAUUGCUGGCACUGCCAAGAACGAUUGUGAUUGGUUGAAAGAAAUAAGCUCAAGCUGGCUGAUGGUGUCACCUGCAACUCAGCUGGUCAAAUCGACAGUGGCUGGUUUUAGGACAUAAAGCACGUCACCUGUUUCUACAGCCAAUCAGAUUGUAGUGAUCAAACUGGAUGGGGGAAGCCUGAAGGGGCAUGACGGCAAUCGGCUUUAAUUUAUCAAGGUAGCACAAACACUCAGGUUCAGGCAAGGUCGUAAAAUAGUUAUUAGACAUGUCUAUGAUACUAACCAUUAGUAAGAAAUAAAUGCAGUCAAUGCACAAAUGCAGCCAAACAUGUCAAAUUCAAAAUGAAGCUUUUGAUUUCCUGGUCCAGCUGCGUCUCAACCCUCACCUUUGGUCAUGAGUUCUGGGUAGUGAUCGAAAGAAGGAGGUUGCUUAUACUAGCAGCUGAAAUGAGUGUCCUCUGUGAGUCAGCCUGGGCUCAUCCUUAGAGAUAGGGUAAGGAGCUCAGAGUAGAGCCACUGCUUCUUCGCUGUGAAAGGGGUCAGUUGAGGUGGACAUCUAUAGGAUCUUCAGUUCUCUGUCCCCCACAAAGAGGCACAGCUUUGCUGUUUUGCAAAGUACCCAUAUGGUCUGGUUUACUGGCAUGUGCAGCUAGUUGGCGGGAACGUCUAACAAGCGAGUAAGGCUAGCAAGUGUGAGCAGUUUGCUUAUCUCCAAAUGCCUGGGAAGUGACCGUUAAACAAUGUAUGGCUGUAUCCCUAUUAGGCUUACCCAUUUUAAACCACUUCUGUAAAAUGAGGCAAAAUAUUACAGAAAAAUAUUACAGAAAAGUUGCGAAAAUUAAUCAGUAAAAAGUGGGAACCCUGAUUAUAUCAUGAAGGCUGUGAUAAUGUAUUGCACUUAAAAGUGUCGGGAAGCAAUGAAGUAGGAUGAUCAACUGUACUGUAGCAGAGACAAUCUCUGUAUGUAGGAGUAGGAAAGAAUAUAUGUAGUUCUGAGCCUGUUAGUUUAAAUCGUUAAAUUAAAUUUUUAUUAUUUUUUUUCCUUUAACUUAGAGCCUGAGCAAUAUUUCGGCAUGUACUCAUCAUGUAGGCUGUGUAACAGGGCUGCAGGUGAUUUACUUUUUGACUAUCUGAGGAGAUAUGAGAGUGCACUUGCAAACAUGCUAACGAAGAAUAUUUGAGUCCCUGCCUGCAUACAUUUUUACAAUGUCCCGUGUGAAUUUGUAUCCUCGUUAUGAGAAGCUGGAAAUGGACGAUGGGGAGCAGAAACAUUUGAUCAUCGCACCCCAUUUACCGUUUCCUGCGUCCCUCGUUUACAGGGUAACAUUUUGAAUAUUCUGUUAAUAUAUGCAGGGGUGUUUGUGACUGAGAUAAAAAUAUACAUAGGAAAGAGAUUUUUUUUUACAGGGAAUCUUGAGUGUUUACUGAGAUGCAUGUAAACAAACUGCUUUUCCUUUGAACACUGUUAUGAACCAGUCGCUGAACCCCUGUAAAUUAUGUAUAAUACAGAUGUAAAUGUUUGUACAGUAACUGCCGACUAGCUGACACUAAUAAAGCACUGGAGUUAUUUAUAGCUGAAUACUUGAAAUAUUUGGAGCAGUUAUCUGUGGUAAUAGUUUUAACUUGAAGGAUGCACACAUAAAGAUCUAUGUAUGUGGUGAGUGGUUCACGUGUAAUAAAACCAACUUUGUUUUUGCA